UGGGACUGGCUGGGACGCUGGGUUUUAGAAAAUUGUAUGGAAUUUAUCAAGUGUCCGGAGCAGGUCAAAAUAAACUCGAUUAAUUAGUGCUUGGGGGCUUCCUCGAGCCUUCCUCGACUCGUGUGAAUAUUCAUCCUGCGCGGUGCCAAUAUUCACGAUGGUGAAAGGUCGAAGAAAACGAACGACAGCACCCAGCUCGAUCCACACAAGAUCAACAGCCCUAAAUGGGGCGAAUGGAGCAAUAACAUCUCCCUUGAGGAAGGGAAUCAAACUAGAAAAGAAAAUAGACGGUAAAAUGAGAGAAGUGAGUCCUGGAACAAGGGGAAUUGCGUCGUACCUGUCGCCUCCACCAUCUGGUAUUGUGAACGGAGAAAGGACAAAGAUUGUGGAGCAUGUGACCACGUGUAUCAUCACAGAGAAUGAAUUGUAUCGCACAGAUAUUCAGGUGAAGAAUGAGAGUGCAGAGUUUGAGGCCAUUUCACCGAUUCGCCCCAUGAAGGAGCUCUUCAAGACAGAUGAGACUCCUGUUCACGUACCAUGUGAAGAUCCACCUACUCCCCAUCGUAUCAACAUGCCAGAUGUACAAAAUGAUGACUCAGACACGAGGAGUUCGACGGAAGAUGAUAAGAAACAUCUGAUUGUUUCACCACCGCUGGCUAAGCCUGUGGGGAGAAAGCCCACUGGACGGGGCAGGGGAAAGCUCAAGGCUAAUGGGGGAAAUCAACGUCUAACGGAUCUUAAUAUUACAAGCCCUAAUCACAAAGUUACAGAGUACUUUCCUGUUAGGAGGAGUGUUCGUAAAUGUAAAAAGACUGUUCUAGAGGAGAAACAAAGGGAUCUUGAGAGCAAAGUCAUUCGUCAGGUCGAGGAAGGCUUGGAGAAAAAGUAUUUCGUGGGCAAAGGUAGAGGUGUUGUGACAACUCGUGAAUUUAACAAAGGUGAAUUCGUGGUGGAGUAUGUUGGAGAGCUCAUCGAUCAAGUGACUGCUAAGAAACGUGAGGCUGAGUAUGCCAAAGAUCAAAGCACCGGUUGUUACAUGUAUUAUUUUCAACAUCGUGGACAUCAGUAUUGUGUGGAUGCAACAGCUGAGAGUGAUAAACUAGGAAGACUCGUUAAUCAUUCGCGUAAUGGUAAUUUAAUAGCCCGAGUCGUUGAAGUCGACACAAUACCACAUCUCGUGCUGACUGCUAAAGAGGAUAUACCAAUAGGCAUUGAACUGACGUAUGACUAUGGUGAUCGCAGUCGAGAGUCCAUCAGGAACCAUCCGUGGCUUGCAUUAUAACCCCGCAUCCAUCACUAUAGAUAAUUCUCGAGAUUUUCUGAUAAUGCCACUCUUCAUCAAUCCUCCAUCAUAUUAAUUCCGGUGAUUCAAUAGAAUUUUUCUCUCUUCACAUUUAGAUAGAUUUUCACUGCCUUUGAUAAUAAUUGUUACGAUUUAAUAUUAUUGUUUUAUAAUUUGAAUGGAUUUUGUGACGGCAGGACAGAGUGAGAUAAUGACUUUCUCAUAAUGAAUUUUGUGGUGUGAUUCGUCCGCUGAGAUCUGUUUUGUUAAGAAAUUUUCAGAGCUGGGUGAAGUAUUUUUUGAAUUACAAAUAGACAUAUUUUCGUGGGGAAUAAGGAAUGUAUCUUGAAAUAUUUUCAGUUCAACAUUUGAAAUGGUCUUUUUCCAUUUGAUAAAACAUUGACUUGGACUUGACCGGGUUCCAUAACCGGGUCACUGACCGUGUAUUCUUUAUUCUGCUCAAAUGGAUUAAAAUCACUGAAGAACAAAUAUCGAGAAAUUACAAGCAACUAUUUCAUUUUAGGAGAGUUGGGUGAAAAAAUAUUGGAAUAGUUCGAAGCAGAAAAAUAUUAUUUCGAAUAACUUCUAUUGUAUUUGGAAUAGUUUGAUCGACACAGAUUCUAUGUCAAAGUUAAUAGUUGAGAUUCUGCUGGGAUUCUGAAUAUUUUUGUUCCAUCACUUGAAAUCACAUCACAUUAAUUUUUCAAUCACAACAGUAUUUAAUGAAUAUUGGAAAUUGUUGUAGAUAAUGAAAGAAUUUUAUUAUGAUAAUUAAGAUCUAAUAAACAGAAUAAGUUUCUUAGCAAAAAUUCUAUUGACUAUUUAACUUCUUUGUUGGAAUAUUUAAAUAAAACGGACCGUUCUAUUUUGUUCUUUAUUUCGCUCAAAUCACCGAAGAGCAAAUAUCGAGGAACAACGAGUGUCUCUUUCAUCUCUGUAGAGGUGGAUGAAAAAUUGUUAGAAUAAUUCGAUCUAGAAAAAUAUUUAAAAUAAUUUCUAUCGUAUUUUAAAUAGUUUGAUCGAUAAAAGUUUAAUUUUAAAAUUAAUAGUUGAUGGGAUUGUGAUUUUUUUUCUUCUAUCACUUGAAAUCGAAUCACUUAAUUUUUUCAAUUGCGAUGGUAUUCGAUAAACAUUAACAACUGCUAAGGAUAAUUAAAGCAUUUGAACAGAAUAACUCGCGUAUGAAAAAUCCUGUUGGCUACGCGACUUUAUUGAAAUACUGGAGUAAACAGUCAUAUUUCAUUCUAUUCCAAAUUCUGCUCCAAUGGAAUAGCGAAUUAGUAAAGAAGCGGUGAAUCGAUUUAAUAGAUUUGAUAGAUGGUCUGCCGCAACAUUUUCUGAAUUCAUUUAGAAUUUCAUUUAGAAUUUAUUUCGGACUUUAGUAAGUUAUUUAGAAUUGUCUUGGGAUAUACCUUAAACCGUUUAAUCGUUUCGCUGCUGAAAUAUCAGGGAAAUUUCUAUCGUAUUUUAAAUAGUUUGAUCGAUAAAAGUUUAAUUUUAAAAUUAAUAGUUGAUGGGAUUGUGAUUUUUUUUCUUCUAUCACUUGAAAUCGCAUCACUUAAUUUUUUCAAUUGCGAUGGUGUUCGAUAAACAUUAAAAACUACUCAGGAUAAUUAAAGAAUUUGAAGAGAAUAACUCGCGUAUGAAAAAUCCUGUUGGCUACGCGACUUUAUUGAAAGACUGGAGUAAACAGUUAUAUUUCAUUCUAUUCUAAAUUCUGCUCCAAUGGAAUAGCAAAUUAGUAACGAAGCGGUGAAUCGAUUUAAUAGAUUUGGUAGAUGGUCUGCCACAAAGUUUUCUGAAUUUAUUUAGAAUUUCAUUUAGAAUUUUUUUCGGACUUUAGUAAGUUAUUUAGAAUUGUCUUGGGAUAAACCUUAAACCGUUCAAUCGCUUCGCUACUGAAAUAUCAGGGAACGACUAGAACGGUUUAUAAUUUCCGUCGGAUUUGAAACAAUUUCAUCAAGAAAAUUCGUAUUUUGAAAUUAAUAGGUGACUCUGAAUAUGUUCAUUUCAUCACUUGGAAUCACAUCACAACAAUUUUCUCAUCCCACCAGUUGAUUUAAACUUAAUAAAACUGAUGAAUAUUUUAAACUGCUGGAGACGAUGCCAGAGUUUCAUAUUGAUAUUUAACACUUGACAAACAGAACAAGUCCCAUGCGACGAAUUCUGUCGACUAUUUGAUGUAUUCAUUCGAAUAGUUGAACCAAAUCGGCAAUUCGAUUCCAUUCAUCAUUCAGUUUGUAUAGAACAUCGAAAAUUUAUUUCAUUCCAGUUUUCAGAAUAAAACAUGAAUGAAUAGUGUUUAAUCUAACUUGGACUUGAAAUAAUUAGGGUAAACUAUCCAGUAGAUGGACAAGCUGUUUUUGGAUAGGAAAUUAUGCAAAAAAUUGCUGAAAUGUGAAUUGUUGCUUUGAUUUUUCGCUAACUGUUGGGAUUCGUAACCCCGAAAUGGCGACUUUUUUUCGAUCGUUUUUUUUUUGAAUUGCUAAAAACCAAACGUCCGUCCAUUCACUGGGCGGUUUUCUCCGGCAUCGACCUACUGAACAGUUUUAUCGUGCACUGAGAACAAAAAUAUUUUUGCCAAAUAUUCAUUUACUUCAGAGAAGUAUUUAUUUUUUCAAAAUCGAAUUUCUCUAAUCGAGUCAUUCCCAGGCGAGCCCGAUCAGGUUUAAGUUAUGACAAUCAUGUGUCUCUAGACGAUGACUAUGCUGUGCAUGACCUUGGAUGAAAUCCUUCAAUAAUUAUUCAUUUUUCCUAAAUUUCUUAUUUUGUAGAGAAAAGAAUUUUGAUUAAGUUUUCAAUGUCUAUAAUAUUGCGGGAGUUCACUCAAAGUCAUAACUAACAUGAUCCUCUUCUAAAGCAAUAUAAUUGUCAUAAUCGAAGCCGAACGAGGACUGUCUGGGAAUGACUCAACAGGAGAAAUAUGAUAUUGACAAAAUAAAUACUUCUCUCAAGUAAAUCGAUAUUUAAAAUUAAAAAAUGAUUUUUUCCUCAGUGUAUGUGAAAUUCGAUUUUCACGAAAUCGUCCCCAGCUCUGGAAAUGGCCCAUAAAAAGUAAUCUCACGCGACCUAAAAGAAAAUUAACCGAAAGAAUUGUAUAUUAGAUCCACAAGUGUGAAAAAUAACUCGAAAGAACUAACGAUAAGUGAAAUAUUUUUCGUGUAAUUGCAGAUAACGUUGUCGUACAAUCGAAGCGUCUUACACCCACGAUGAAUAUUAUGAGAUGAAACUCUUAAUCAAACAGAACAAGAUGAACACUUAGUAUUAUAGACCGUCGGGUAUUUACUGACCAAGCAAUGAUCAUUGAUUUUACAAAGCACAUCUCCACUUUUAAUCCCUCAAACUAAUGUACUUUUAUUCCAUGUAUUCAUGACUAGAUAUUCGAAAUUCAGGGCUCGAAGUUGGAAGCCGAUGAUUAAUUUCAUUGCUAGUACACUGCCAAAAAAAACCAUCGUGCUUCGGAGAAAAAUAAAUUAUUGUUAAUCGUAUGUGUUGAUCUCUUCUCGGGCAGUUAUUUAUUGUUCACGUCCAAAUGUAUUGCCCGCUGUUGACACAUUGCACUUAGUUAAUUAUAAUAUCAAUUGCUUCUUAGGUCAUACUAUAGGCGUAUUUUAACUGGCAGAGGAGCGUCUUUCAUGCUGCCUUGACACAAAUAUUAAUUUGGAAAUAGAGAGUAAAUUAAAAAAAAUCUCUGCCACAGCAUUUUCAGAUUUCGAAGGAGUUUAAUUGUAAAUAUAGAAUGGAGAUCUGAAGUGUGAAUAGCUAUUGCAUUGGGGAACGACGGAAUGAGACAGAUAUUUUAUUCAGGAGUUUGGGGGGGUCUGGAAGGAAUUUUAUACAGGGGGCUUAUAACAUAGACUUUCUCUUUUAGAUGAACAUAUUGUUUUCCGGUGAAUUAAUGAUUACGUAUGACAUAUUUUACUGGAUGACUGUUGUUCUGUGCUGAAUUAUGUUUUCUUUAAUAAAGAAUGAUUGUAACAAUA